CUUUUGAGGAAAAGAAAUCAUUCCCGGCAGUCUGUAAAGAAACCAAAAAAAGGGAAAAGGGGGUCUCUUUUCUCUGGAUGAAAUCCAGAUUCCGGCCAAAGGGCCGCCUUGUCUCCGCCGCACCGGCCGACGUAGCCGAGUCCGGAAAGUUCAAAGGUUUGGACCAUAGAUGACACCUACCAACUCCCAUUUUAUUCAUUCCUCUUACCCAAUUACAAAGAAAAUCAAAAUAGCAAGAUGCAGAGGCCAAGGUUUGAAUUGCCAGAAGCUUUGGUUAUGGAAAUUCUGUCAAAGCUGCCAGUUAAAUCCCUUACUCGCUUCAACUGUGUUUGUAAGUAUUGGUGUUCUUCUUUUCAAACUCCUCAUUUCAUUUCCAAUAAUUAUCACAACAACCUUGAAAACAACAACCUUAAUCUACUGCUUAGUCGCUGUGAUGGUAACACCUUCCAACGUUAUUUCUCUCAACUUUCAAAUGAAAAAUAUCAAAAUUAUAUAGUAAAACAAAACAUUCACUUGCCCUUUUUUAGGAAUGAUCUCCCCUCUGUUUAUGGUGCUUGUCAUGGAUUAUUGUGUUUACUUGAUCCUUCAAAGGAUAAGGCUGCCAUUUGGAACCCAUCAACCAGAGAGUUUAAAAUCCUUCCACCAUCUUCAAUCCAACGCCCUCCAUAUUUUUCCCCAUUCGAAGAAACCUACCUUACUUUAGAUGACGUUUCUUUUAACCACGCUGCUUUUGGGUUUGACUCUAAAACUGAUGACUACAAAGUCAUACGAUUUGUUAGUCUUACUUUUGUUAAUAGUGAAGAACAAUAUCCACAUCCUCAUUUUAUGGACCAAGUUGAGUUGUAUUCUCUUAGAAGUAAUUCCUGGCAGGAAAUUCCAUGUCCUGAUUAUAAACCAACUGGAACAACUUUGGGAAAUAAUUAUGUAGACGGAAUUUGCUAUUGGAAAACAGAGACAGGGGCAUAUCUUGAUUUUAGAGGACUAAUUCUUUCAUUUGACAUGGGGAAUGAGAAGUUCUCAAUUUUACCUAUCCCAGAAUUCGUUGGGUCUUUCCCAGAAUACUAUGUUAAUCUAUUGGUGUUUAAUGGAUCACUUGGUGCUAUUGUUUACCCAACGGAAGGAAUUGACACGUCUUUUGAUUUAUGGGUUACAAGUGAAGGAGUGUGGACUAAACAAUUCAAUAUUAAAUCCAUUUCUGGAGUUGUACACCCAUUGGGAUUUGGGAAAAAUGGUGACUUGUUUCUUAGAGACACAAAUGAUGAAGUACUCCUAUUUGACGCCUCCACCCAAGAGCUUAAGGAGCUUCAGAUUAAUACUUAUCUAGAUCAUUUUCGGUUCACCAUCUCCCUUCAUGCAUAUUUAGAGAGCCUGGUUCGUAUCAAUGGAAUACAAGAGAAUAUUGAGAAACAUGUAAUACGUCAACCAGCGAGAGAUGCAUCAAAUGAAUACUAAAUAUGAAGAAGGCAUGAAAUGGAUACUGAAUAUGAAGAGGGAUGCGGAGCUAGAACAUAUAUGUGUAAGAUGUAAUAGGAAUUUUUUGUUGUGAGCUUCUUAAUAUUGCUGUUAUUGUUUGGGUUAUAUGUUUGAGAUGUUAACUAUUUCCUGGUUUCUGUAUUUGGAGAAUUGUUCAGUUUA